UUACAGGAAGCAGAAAGACUUGAACCUCAAGAAGAUCAAAGUGGUUAUUCGUAUAUUGAUUAUUCUGACAAACGAUCAUUGCCAAUAAGUAUUCCUGACUACAGCAUUAUCAAUCGUAAUGGUGAACGUUAUAUUGUAUUUAAUAUUCAUAUGGCCGGACGCCAGCUGUGCUCGCGUCGCUAUCGUGAAUUCUCCAAUUUACACUCCAUUCUUCGCAAAGAAUUUACCGGUUUUAAUUUUCCCAAAUUACCAGGCAAAUGGCCCUUUCAAUUAAGUGAACAACAGCUGGACACACGACGUCGCGGCCUCGAACAAUAUUUAGAAAAAGUUUGUGCUGUUCGUGUUAUAGCCGAAAGUGAUGCUGUACAAGACUUCCUAACCGAUUCUGAAGAUGAUAUAUCUGCCUCGCCUGUCGAUAUUAAAGUUAUGUUGCCCGAUCAUGAGGUCACUACGGUGUCGGUGAAAAAAUCAGCAAAUGCUCAAGUUGUAUGGGAGAUAUUAGUACAACGCGCCAAUUUUACAUCCUAUACACAGCAGUAUUUCUAUUUAUUCGAAAUUGUCGAAUAUAAUUUCGAACGCAAGUUACAACCACACGAAAUUCCCCAUCAGUUGUAUGUUCAGAAUUAUAGUACGGCCUCGAGUACAUGUUUGUGUGUUCGAAGAUGGUUGUUUUCGGUAUCAAGAGAAUUGACUUUGCCGCAGGGUGAACAGGCAGCUAAAUUUAUAUUCUAUCAGGCCGUAGACGAAGUUAAUCGUGGUAAUAUUCGUGCCGAAGGACGUUUAUAUGAAUUGAAAGCUUUGCAGGAUGCUAAAAAAGCUUCCGAAUAUUUGGCUUUAGCUCGUACAUUACCCGGUUAUGGGGAUGUGGUAUUUCCUCACUGUGCUUGCGAUAGUCGUAAAGAGGGUCAUGUUGUGCCAGCAGUGGGUAUGAAGAGUUUUCGUUUGCAUGCUUGCCGUGAAGACGGCUCUCUAGAAGCCCAAAUGGUGGAAUUAACCUGGGAUAGCAUAACACGCUGGGAGAGUGAUGAAGAGUCUAUGUCAUUCUGUUUUCAAUACAAUCGACCCGAUAAACCCGCUAGAUGGGUUAAGGUUUAUACACCUUAUCAUACUUUCCUUUCCGAUUGUUUCGAUCGCAUAAUGGAAGAACGCAAAUGGGAGGAUGCUGGUGAUUAACAAUUACAACAACGUUAUUAGAUUUUAAUUUAGUUUGUAAAGAUAUAAAACAU